UCACGUGACUUAAGUCUUGUGACAGCGAGCAGGAAAAAAAAACCGUCUUGUACAGUUUGAUUAGGAGUUUCACUCUUAACUAACAGGCAUUUAUCUCUUACAAACGAGAGAAAUCGAGUACAAGUUGCGAUGGCGCAUCUUUAGAACAUUUUUAACGUGUUACCAUCUGUUUAUUUACUUAACACACGCUGUGAGAUCGAGCUGGAGUUGUCGCAUGGAGAGCGCGCAGCAGAACUUUGUUUUGGUUUGUGUUUGAACUCCAGUGAUUGUUCACGCCACAGAAGCUCGAGAGGAUUUCAGGUCCGUUUGGUGAAUAGGACACCUCGGAUUAGACAGUAUGGAUAGUAAACCUCUCCUCCAGGAUAGACCUCCAGCGUACAACGCAGUCCCGGUCUCGUAUGACUACGGCUCGAUCCCCGCAGCCGCUCCACCCGCGGCGGGCUUCCACCCUCCAGCACCGCCGCCCUAUCAAGGUUAUCCAGCGGCUGAUUCCGGUUAUCCAGCGGUCCCCAGACAGCCUGCUUCCAUAGCUGGCCAGCCAGCCUACACCAGCACCUACACCAUCGUCCAGCCUUCUGUUGUGGUGGUGGGAGGAUGUCCGGCCUGUAGGGUUGGCGUUCUGGAGGAUGAUUUCACCUGUCUGGGAAUCAUGUGUGCCAUAUUCUUCUUUCCACUGGGAAUUCUCUUCUGCCUGGCACUGCGUCAGAGGAGGUGUCCAAACUGUGGAGCCACAUUCGGCUAGAGGGACCAAAACCCAUCACUGAAUUUUUAGCUCUGUUUUAAGCAUCAGCAUUGUUUAUUUGUAAUCACAAUAGUAAGCAGCCACAAACUCUGUUUUCUUCAAGAUGUUUUUUAGUUUUUACAUGCUUUGCAAGCACUGAUUCCCUGUCCCCCUCCCCCUUUUUAUGUACAAUCUUAAAGCCAGUCCUCCAGUCAUUUAAUCACUAGUGCCUUUACCAUAAAUGGAAUGAGCCUGGAGUCAUAAGGGGUAAUUCACAGGCAGACAUGCACCGACUCACUCAAGUAACAUUGUAUGUAUUGUAUAAAAGACCAUUUCCUUCCUUGAUUUUGAAUUGCAUCACAAUGUUUUAUUGCUUGUUUAAUAUCGUCUAAAUGGAGAUUUUAAUUGUAUUGGGAUAGAAAUUCACAUGACCACUUUUCCACCCUGCUUUUUAAAUAAAUAAAGUAUGUAGAUUACAACAUACUUUCUAGCCCUCUGUUAAUCACCUCUUAGAGAUCCAAACACUUGUUCCGCAUUUGUUCAAGUCUUUUUGUGUGUGCAUUACUUCAACACACACUGAGGUAUUUGUAUAUCUUGAAUUACUGAAUCUGUUUUAGACAUUUUCUUUAAAUGACGUCUGAUUCUUUGGGGGCCAUGUUUCCUUGUACUGCUCUAAUGAACAUUGUUUUAUCUGCUGGACUCUUCUGAAAUCCUGAGUGGGUUAAUGUGCAGUUGUUUCACUCAAGGUCCUUGGCUACUCCGAGUUAAAAUAAAACCUGCAAUAAUCAAGGGAAGUUGGUGCCUAGAAAAUGUCACCUAAGGACAGGUACUGUAGAGUUACUCUUGGACAAUCAGUCUCGGGCUUGCCCAAUGUGAUCCAAUUCAUAAUGGAGGUUAGGGUCAUAGUGCCAUUGCCACAUUUAUUUUAUGUACAUGUUUUUGGUGUGCUAUACAACACUAUGCACGCUAUUAUGAUUGGUUCUACCUAUUUUUAAAAAGAGAUUGUAAAUAAAUUCUACAAGUGUUUUCUUGUCGUGUCUGUAUUG